GGUAGUGGGGACUGCGCUAGGGUCAGUCUCGAUGAGACCUGCGCGCUGUACAUCUCGCGUGUAACAAACACUCAGGGAAACAAUGGAUUAAGUUAUAACGUUUAGUUAGCAAAGUGAUCUCAAUCUGGGGCAAGUUAUUUAGGGAGUUUAUAACGGUGUUAAAUCAUUGGUAGAAAAGGAUUGAUUUCUGUGUGAAUUUUUCUUUUUUUAUAAAAAUAACCAGUAGUCAUUUUCCCUGUGUGCUUUAAUUUUGCUUCUGUAUUUAUGAGAGCUCAAUUUCUUGUGCUGACGUUAAACAUUCAAAGGGGUUGAAUCACGUAAUACUACUUCUGUACAGUUUCGAUGCAUUCGGACUGUAUAUACAUUUUAUUCACCAGAGUGCUAUUGACGUUUGAUUUAUAAGAACGGUCGCGCUCACGAGUGUCGACAAAAGCCAAUAGCAUUGACAAAUAAUGCGGAGUUUAUUCGUCCCGAAAUUUCCAACGCGAAAUUUUCCACAAAUUUUAUUCCCGACGGACUAAUAACUCGGAUCGAUGUUUCCUACGGUAUUUGUCCUCCGGUGGUUCCAGCCAAAAGGACAAAAGAAAUUCUAAUAAUUCUCACAGGCUUUCCCCACUCUCUACCGUCUUUCUUUCCAGCCGAAGAUUCUAAAAGCCACGGAUCCAUUUUCUUAACCCCAAUUGGAAUUGCAGCUGGUGUUCCGUGUAGAAAGCGAUUGUUCGGAGUCUCCUUGGAAAUAGAUUAAACCGGUGACCUUGUUUCCGCGGUGCCGUUGAAUUUUAAAAAGCCACCCCUUCGACUCGUCGUAGCGCCUAAGAAAAAUGGGACGACACGACGCCAUGGAAGGUCAACUCGAGAAGACUUGCGUGUUGUGCUGGCUUGAGGUUGGCGCCGAUGCGAUAGGAUGCGAAGGGAUGCACCCCGGCAGUCUCGUCGAGUCUAACAUAGAAUGAGAACAUCAGUUCUCGCGUUUCUCUUACCAACCGAGUAACGUUACCACCGAUCUUCACUCCAAAAGCCCUACCGCAGCACUGUAGAGUCUUACUGCACUUGAUUACUUCAAUGAAAAUAAUUAUAUAACGCGAGUGACUAAUUUCAAUAAUUCAAACUCCACAAACCUUCCAAACGGCUGAUGACCGUCCUAUUGCAAGAUCGAAGACACUUGCCCUAUUCUUGAGUGGCCCUAGAAGUAUUUCAAGUGAAAUUAAAAAAAUUCUAUUCAUCGUCCAAAGAACGCGUGGAAAUAAACACUAUCGUGCGGCGUAAAUUAACGUAAUAAUUUUCACGAUGCAUCGAUGCGAUAUCACAGUGACGGGUCGUUGAUCAUUGAACUUUGUCAAAAGAAACUCUCAGUAUCAUAAUCACGACUGAACGGAAAGCGGGUCAGUGGGGAUAUACGAUCUAUAGAGAGUGGUCCAUUCGAUGGGUGUACGAGAUUUAUACGAUCGCUGUAGCCGUCGUAAGAGCGGAUCGAUAUAACGAAGAGUGUCGCCUUCGUUACUCGUGAAAACAAGACUUGUGUUUACGUUGAAUCGUACAGCAGCCAAAGGGUGCAGAAGAGAAGUCGUUGUGAAAAGCUAGUGACUGCAGUGACUGACUUGCUUCUCCUUUUUUAAAUCUUUCCUUUAUUUUCUGCCUCUCGUUCGCUUCGUCCAUCCUCUUUCGUACCCUCGAUUUCGUGACGCGUCAUUGUCGUCAAAAUACGAAAAAGGAGUGACAGCCCCAGGUCGACGUCGGAGCGUUAUUUUCCUCUCGCGGGGCAGCAUGCUGAAAUUUUGUUCACCAGGCGGCAGGAGGCGCAACACCACGGUAAAUUCAGGAAGCAAAGCAGCUCAACAGGGUGUGAGAGAGGGUGAUUUGAUAAGCAGCAUAAACGGUAGGAGCACCCGCGACCUCACCAACAGCGAAGCCCACGCACUUUUACGGAACGCUGGCGAUCAUCUAAAACUCGGACUCAAUCAGGAAAACGUUGGAUCGCCAAAAAGACGUAUAUACAAGAGUAGCCUGCAAGAGAAUACGUCGACGGAAACUUUGAAGAAGAUCACGACCAAAACAACAACGUCGAAUCGUGUCAUAUCAACGGAAACGAGGAGCAACGGAACUGAUGACACGAAGAACGUUAAAAGCUACGCAAGUCAGAACGGCGGUCUGAAGAAUUUGACGGCCGAUCAAACGUACGAUUCUGUGAAAGGAAAAGAGUGGCAGGACUCUCUGGACUACGCAACCGACGCCGAAGACAGCUUCAUCAGGAUGCCGCACGGCUCGCGCAAUCGUAAAAAUCGUCGAAGUCGGAAUCGCAGGCGAUUCCAGCCUUCGGCCCCGGAACAGAACGGAAGCACUGCAGAAAGAUCGACGAACGAAUCUAACGAAACCAAUACAUCAGACGAUGAAAAAAUUGAGACAAUCCUUGAAAAUGCGGCAGAGACUAGGGUUAAUGGAAAUGCUGUAACCGUGAAAACUGAAAAUGCUGAUUCUGAUCGGGACGAAGUUCCCUCUCUGCAAUCACCAGUCGUUAAAAGACGUGCGAGACAGAAUCGCUUUACAAUUGAGAAAAAGGCGCUGAACACCGAAACAAAAAUAUGCGAAAUCACAACGAUUUGCAAUCUUCCGCUCGAGGCCAGAAUAGACCACAUCGCCGGGGUGGGUAUUCUGGAGAGGGGACUUAAGCAGGAUGAACCCACGGUAACCAUAGUCGAACCUAUCGAACCUCUCUCGAGUAGCCUGACUUCGAAGGUCAAGACCCUUGGCGAUCAAAAGUUCGCUCUGGCAUUGUUGGCAAAGAACAACAGCCUCGAGAUUCAUGAAGUCAGCGACAGUGACGUGGAGCCUGACAAUAGCAGAGUAGUAGUGGUCGAAGCGGAAUCGGACGUGGAGAAGGAACCAGUAGGAGAAUUGGUGAUUCUCGAGAAGGAUCCCGAAGAGGAGGAGGUCGAGGAGCACGGGAGUCUCGAGGAAUAUUAUUCGACUUUGAAGCCCAAGACGGAAACGGAUAUUAAGAAAGAGGCGACAAUGGACGAGAAGGAAGCACCGGAAACGCCAAUGUCCAAGGAGGUCGAGAAGAAGCUCAGGAGUUUCAUAGAAGGGCUCAAGUUACCGGCCUCGCCGGAAGAGGCCAGGGACGAGUGUCAGAAGGCCGAGAACGAGAGAAAUCUCGGCGGGAGUACAGCUUCCAGGAAAGCCAAGAAACGUGCAAUUUUGGAAUCUUACUUCUCGCAGACGCAGGCCGCCAACAGGUUUCUGGAUAUUAUUCAGGAGGAGGGAGAAAAACUGUCGGAGGACGACGAGCAGCAUAUACGGGACUUCAUAAAUGAGGAAAUAAGCAGGUACAGGAGGGAGGAGAAAAGAAUCGAUGAGAAAAACAUGUCGCAGGAGGAUACGGAGGAGCAGGUGAAAUCCGUGAGUAGCGAGAUGAAAGUAGCCGAGAGCAAAUCGACAGUGGAAACAGAGAAAAACACGGCGGUUGUGAAUAAUGAAAAUUCAGAUAGCAAACAGACGAAGGAACCUGGUGUGUCGACGGUAACCGCAGUUUACAAAGAGCUUCCAGUGAUGCAAGAGGCUACAAUAGAAAUUCAAAGCGAUACGACAGACAUCGCGAAUCAUGUACCGAGCAACGCGAAUAACGAUCACGCGAUAAACGGUGAAGCUGGCGGAAUAUCGUCAAUCACGGUAAAUCCAACGACGAAUUGUGCAAACGAACGAAGGUGUCCGCCACCACCUCCUAAAAGAUCCUCCAGCUUCGGCAGCGAUCCGGAGCCACAUCGGCCGCCCACCCCACCCGAAAUAGAUUAUCCGAGUGACCUUCCUGAGAUUCCACCGCUUCCAAACAAUGUAUUUACCAAUCCAAAAAUACCGACACCACCGUUGCGUGGUAAAACAGUACAUUUCGCUGAUACGGAGAACGGCCAUGAGCCACCCCUGCGACCACCGCCUCCCGUUCACGAUAACUCGUUCUUUAACUCGAGCACCGAACCAAUUUACGAAAAUGUCAAGGUAAUCGGAAGAUCGCGCAGUUGGGAAGAAUCUAGACUAUCACCAUCGCCGCCACCGCUACCACCUGUACCAUCGCCAGCCCCACAAUUAUCAAUGGAUCAUCAGCAUAAAGUUCGCGUAUGCCAAUCCAACGUUAAAACUGAACAAAAUACGGUAGACUUCGUGAAGACCCUUUUAACAGUUCUAUCUCAGCACGACACCACCAGUCAAGACGUACAAAAUAUUCUCGCUGGCUUCGACCUGACCCAACUGCCCGAAAACAUACGCGACAUAAUCGACGACCUAAUGGCGCCCAGUCCCAGCGCGUCGACCGCGAGUGACAGCAUCGACUUACGCAACGUUGAGAGUACCGUCAAGCUUGGCAAUGACGCGAGACUUGAAAUAGCGCAUGAGCACAUUAAGGAGCCAGCCGAAAAAUCUGUAAAAUUCUCUGACCAUCCGGUGUCAUCCACUCCGAACGGCCUGGGUGGUUUCGAGGUGCCACGAGUCUCGGAGAAGAGUUCAGUGGCGAAGCACUGCGAGAUCAAAGAGUACCGCACCGAGUGCUGGACCAGCUCAGAGACCAAGAACGGUAUAAAGACUGAUCAGUAUCGCAAAAGCGAGCUUCGUAAUCAGGAGAAGCACGACACUGAGAUCAUCAAUGAGAACGAAGCCAAGUCGGUGAGACAGUCGAGCGAAAAACACGAGGACAGAUCGGCAGCCUUUGACACGAAGAUCGUCGAUUCACUGUCCAAGUCCGAAGGGGUUAGCUACAGUCUGAAACGCGAGCAAAACACGGAAGAGAAGCGCGUCUCGCAACUGCACGUUAAAAAUAACCAGACUGAAGUAGUGGCGAACGAGUGCGAGAAGAGGCAGACAAAUAGUGAACACUGCACCAGCUCCACCGGGGUCAGUUCCAACGAGGUGAAGUCGGAUUCCGCGGGCACUGCCGAGAAACGGGCCGGUGUGCCAGAAAAGUCUGAUAACACGUUCCAGGAAGCCGAGUGCACGACCAAUGCCAUUAGUCCGACUGAUUUUCAAGGUCAGGAUUCUUCGAGCAGCAACGCCUCGUUGAGCACCGCAAAAUAUAAUCCAGACAGAUCUUCACCGGCAGACAUACCCUCCGUGCUCCACGAGAUAGAGAACACUGAGGAUCGACGGGAAAGGGAAAAUCACUCGCCUCCGUUAAAACGGAAGUUGACAUUAUUAAAGCAAGAGAAAUCUCGAGAAAGCUUCAAGGAGAACGAAGAAGAUUCUCCGCAGCCCAUACCGUACUCCCCCAUAGAGGAUCUGUAUAACGCGAAGAAAAUCGAUACCACCGUUGAUUUUUCGACUAAUCUAGACCCGAGACCAGACCUGCUAAAAGACCUCUGCAUAAAGAAGAUCCUGUCGAUGCCCUACGGUGUUCAAAUAAUCAACGAAAUAACCCUUCCAAAGUUUAACAUCUUUAAAAAUCUGCAGACCAUUCAAGAAUCCGUUAACACUAAACUAGAUAACGACACAUUAAAAACGCAUGGUGUGAGCCAAGAGUCACUGUCGAGUAACCAAAGGUUGAUAUCGCGAUCUCACAGCGUGGACUUAGAUACGCGAAAAACUACUGUUUCAGAGGAGUCAAUGAGCACAGAGACACGUAGAGAAGUUGUCUGUACAGAGAGUAGCGAGUCUCGUCGAGAAGAGACAAUGAGCAAGCAGAGAUCUAAUACGUGGAUGGGAGUACCAACUGCUGAGGAUCCACGAUUGCUAGUCUGCUUGUCGCCGUCCCAACAAGAGACCAAGAUGCAAGCCAGUGCUGACAAUCUCCUGGACCUGCACAAGAAGUUCCUAGAGAGACGUAGCUAUCACGAGCCACAACAGCGUCACGACGCUUCCCUCCAAAAGUAUCGUGUUGAAGUAUGCGCCCCCCCAGGUAGCGAAUCAAGUGGUCAUAAGAGCGAUACUCAGUGCGUGGGUGGUAAGGCCGGUCGUUGGAGUGGGGACUGGCACAUUCCUGGACCUGGCAAUAGACUUCUCGAAAUUAUUAAAGAAAAUUCUACGGUGCCAGGAGAUUCGCAAGUGUCUCACAAAGAUCCUCGAUCAAAAUCUAAGCUCGUGGAACGUAGUCGCGACGCCAUUUACGAUUUCUACAGCACGAAAGGUAAUGUUGAUAACAAGACAAUGAGAAGAGUACCGUCUCUGGAUGACAAUCAAGAUCGUCUGAAAGCUACCAGACUCUCGGACUGGCUCAACCUGGCCAGGCGUAACUCCGUUGAUAGCGAUUCAGGAACACGUGGUGGUAAUAACUUAUUAAUAGAGCAAUCGUGCGAGAAAAUAUGUGAAGGCAGCGAUAAGACGUAUUCCAACUCGACAACCCGAGUCAAUAAUGUGCACGGAACCGGAGAGAGUUCAGUUUACGAAGAAGCGCCUCGGGAAGAAGCUACGCGUGAUAAGUCACGAUCAUGGGCGACGAAUCAACAGUCCAAGAGAGACAGGGAAAAGUUAAUGGAAAAUCGCACGGAGAAUCAGUUCAACGAAACGUCUAGUAGAAAAGUCAUUGAGGGCAAUCAACGUAUAAACAGUGCAUUGGUGGAUCGUUCGCGCGAGUCUUGUGACGCAACCGUCAGAAGUAACACGCCGUUUCGCAAAAGUCCUAUUUCGAUGAACAGUGCUAUUAUUGACAAGUCUGCGAGCACGUCGGAUAUGAGGAAGACUACAGUGCUUAAGAAGAGUGACGUUAAGCAAGGUGUCAAUCCUGCUUUGAUCAAUGACAAACCCGAGGUACCCCCAAAAUUUAAGAAAUCAGUAUCCGUGGAUAGAUCAUGUAUCGACACGACAAGUAUAUUUGAUAAGACACCACCAAGAAGUCAUCUUGAGCCUAGGAGAUAUCAUGACACUGAACGCGAGAAGCAAGUCAGUACCGAGGAAAUUAUGGAGAAUCUGAAACAGUUGCAAUCUAACAUGAAAUACCACAUGGAUAGUCGUAGACGGUAUUCGUUGCCUCAGGAAUAUUUUGACGAGCAAUUGAAAUACAUAGAGCAAUUGGAGACUCAGCUUAAGAACGUUAUAAUGGCCGAGGAGGAGGAACGUAAUACGUUAAGUAACGGCAGACAGGAGAUCAAUCAAAAAGUGCGGCAAAGACCGCACAGCGUCAUAGGUGGUCCAUGCGUCAGGGACGAACGCGACGUAUUCAACGAAAUUUCAAGUAAUGAGAAAAUUCAGGAUUCUCGGAAGUUAAGGGAUGUCUCCCAAGAUAAGAACGAUAUUACGCACAGAGACACGUGGCACGAAGAAUCCAGAGAUGUUGGAGAUGGCAAAUCCGAAACGGUGAAGAAAGACGGUUUUUACGAGAUAAGAAAGAAAAUGUUGGACGCGGAUGGCUUUCGCAAGGAGGAAUCCGAGCGCAAUGAAACCAAAGAGGAGAGAUACGUUAUCUCGAAAAGAGGUGACAUAGCUCACAGAAUCGAACCCGAUGAUAGAAUCGUCAAAAUCGAAAGACCAAAAUCCGCAACGUCCGCGGUGCCGACGAACGGCGAAGUUUUCCGUCAAAAGAUGUACGACGAGUACGUGCACAAAGUGCAGGAACGAGAGGAGCGGAAGCAUCACAAGGUGAUAAAGAUCAGUUCGCAUGCGGAUCUUGAUAAGACCGAUGGGAAGGCUAAUAUGAACAAAAUGGAACAAGAGUUUAUACAGAGAGCUAAGAACAGACUGGAUAAGUUUGGCAUAAAGUUGGACGAGAGUGAAUCGGAAGCUGUGAGCAGUGGUACGGAAAGGAAUCAAGAUGACGGUGCCGAGGAGGAGGCCAAGUGCCUCAUCGAUGGGAAAGAGAUCACCGAUGCCAGGAGAUUGCCAAAGCAUCUUCAGGAGUUCUUGAAGAUAUCAUCGGAGCUCGAGGACGCUGGAGAAAAAGGCAUAUCAACAGAUCUACUGCACGAGAUUGACACGGCUUUGAAAAUCGGCAAGGGAUUUCUGCUUGGUGAAGAGAACAACAUGUUUGCUCCUACGUUUAAAGCAUCGUCGGCUAAACCAGGAGUGUGGUCACCGGGAAGCGAACCCCGUCCACCGCCAAAACAGCCAAGUCCUGAGCGUGGCAAGGAAUCGGACAAGGAUGCUGGGAUUCCACCAGUAUGGACUCCGUCCAGCGCAGGUGCAAGUCCGGUUCCUGAGAGGAAGGAAUUUCGUCCCGUUCAAUUCGAAAGUCCUGUAUUAAGUCGAAAGAAUAAACCUCAGUCGCAGUCUUCCACGGAGGAGGCACCUCCACCCUGGGAAGGCGAGGAGGAAAAGAAGGAAGCAUCAGAUAUCCUUUCGCAGAGUAUCACAUCCCGUAUCGUCAAUUCGCACUCGGCACCCUCUCAGGGGUUGAACACCCUUGCGGGUACACCCCGAUUGCCUCGAGCACAAAAUCCUACGAUUACCUUACUGCAAAAGGCCAGGGAGGGUCAGUUACCGAAAGGAGCUGCGUACUUAGAGGAAAGUGAUAAAGUUGCUUAUCGGAAGAAUGACGAAAGACCUUUGAUCAGUCCUGGCGAGAUAAUCUACACCGUGAAGAAGGAGUACGAAAGCGAGCCAGAAACAGAAAACGAGCCGCCCAAGAAGAUGGCUGAUUUAGGACCUAGGAAAUUCGAAGGUAUCGGUCCAAUAACCAAGGAGGGUAUUCCUCUUGUACUGAGAUCGGAAGUCAAAGAGAACAACCAAGCAAGAUGGUACAAGAAAAUGUAUGACUCUUUGCAUCGCGCUGAUAAGGAUGAAGACUACGUAACCAUCCGGUACAAGCCACGUAGAGGAGGAAGGUACGGUUACGGCACCAGUAGUGGUUACUUGAGUGAACCCGAACCACGUGGUUCUUCCGACAGAUCAGCGACUCUUGACAAUCGACGACGUCUGCGAAAUAAAGAAAAUGACUUCUCCACUUCGACUAUGCCGAGAAAAAACGGCCCACUGAAAUACGCCAGCGAGGUUUACAAAAAUCAACCAGGCCGUAUCGAGGAUUACGAACCAGGUCGAUCAUCCAUUGCCGACAAGGAAACCAAAGAGCCAACGUCUAUCACGUGGACAAGAAGAAAGUGGUGGGACGAGGUCAUGGACAUAUUUGACGGGCCUUUCGAUCAGCGCAGUACACAUAUCGCCAAGCCCUAUAUGUCCCAUGCCUUAAAAGAAUCCGGCUACGAAAGCGAUUCGACCCUGGUAUUUCGUCGACGCGACGACGUCAAUCCUCUGAGUCCUCUUGAACAAAGAUUGGCUUACAAGACUGUACAAAAGGGUGGCGACGUACCCCUGCAUGGUCUUCGUAAACCAGCCCCUGAACGACCAAAGGACGACUCCGAGAUCGAAUACUUCCCGAUCUCGCCGACUUUGACGCGGAUUCGCGUACACAAGAAAACGAAUCCCACGUCAACAGAAACGAACGCGCGAACUCCGAUCUGCCCGGGCGGUGCCAGUUCCUCAUCCACGGAGAUGGUUUUCGCGCGCUACAAAAGAUCCGCACCCUCUCUGGUCAACUCAGCCCUGAGACAGUCCUUCAAGUCGGACAUCAUUCCGGCAAGGUCGCACUCGACACCUUCCAGAAUAUCCUCCCCACCACCUGGACGACCGCCAUCGAGGGUAUCGUCUCCUGCUAGCGGACCACCCUCUCCUCCAAGGAGAAUGUCCUCCCGAAAUAACUCAACUCUCAGACUCUACUCGAAGAUGCACAUUACUGAUAAUCCACAUCCACCGAGUUCAAGACACGAGCAGUGCUUUGCGGCUGAUAGCGUGUCAAACAUCAGAUUCCUGAGGGACCGGCUUUCUUGCAAGCUCGAAAAACACAGGAAGGACAGAGAAGAGGCACAGAGGAUCAGGAUAACAAGAACCUUGUCGACCAGUCCAGUAUCGUCGCGGACCAGGGUGUCCUCUACGGUCAUUACUGAUUUUCCUAGUGGGAAAUCAGAACCUUGUUUAUCUAGAAGUUUCACAGAGGGUACCAGCUCCAAGCAUUCUACUCGGAGUCCUGAACGAUUGAGAUCCAGGAUCUCUACAUCGGCUAGUCCUGUAUCCAGGACUUCUAGGACUACAGUACAGAAAACGGUCGAUAGCAAACGAACCUUGGAAGAUAAACCACCUAUCAAGAGAGUACCGUCCAAGAGUCCUAUUUCCAUGAGCUCUAGGGAAUCGACUGUAGAUCGGCUAUGCUCAUCGGAAAGGACGUGCCAUCAUGGCAGUCGGUCAAGGACUUCGGUUGUCCCAGUGCAAAAGGAGCCUAUUAAAGUUCGUCGUACGAAAAAGGAGCAGGAUGAGGUUUGCAAGAGAUUGAGUAGAUCACCUGAUUUAUCUUCACCCAUGGAAGUUCGUAAGGUUAUCCAGAAGCAGAAGGACAAGGAGUCCAAGGUAGGACAGACGAAACUCUUGCCUUCGGGAACCGUUGUGAAAAGUUCUACGACUCUGUAUUCUUCGGCUGCCAAUAGCAAGCAAAAGAAUACCGAAGAUAAAUCAUUGAGAGUAACCGUGGCGAUAUCAUCCAAAGGACGGGAGCUUCUACGAAGAACCACGGAAACUUCAACCACUACCAGAAGUCUGACGAAAACGUCGACCACGAGUUCAUCGCCGUUGAUAAGUCGGAAAACGACUUUUGUAGAACCUGUCGAAAAUUCCAAGCUGAAGCCAGUAACGAAGCAGCAGGAUAAAUUGCGAAGUAGCCGAGAAUCCUUGCGUUCGACUUCAUCCUACUGUACGGAUGUUCUGAAUGAUAUCGGUAAGAGGAAACGACCGCGUGAGAAACCGCAGACAAUUGUGAAAUCGCCCGUGAGGAAACCAGAAACUAUCAGUCUGAUACCAGAGGACAAGGACAGGAAGAUUGAGAAGAAAAAACUGCGAAAGGAUAAAAAUAACGAGAUCGUUAAAAAUAAAAAAUCGUCAAACGGUAAGAAAAGUGAUUCUGAAAAGAAAAAGUCUAGGAAAGCUUUAGGAAAGGCAGCUGGGUCGGAGAUGGCUAAGGAAUUGCGUAAACUCGAUCAAGAAAAUCCCACACCUGCAUUGACUGUGGAGCAGAUAAAACGCCAUCAGGAAGCCAUGAAGUCGGAUGCAUUUUUUCAAAAUUUAUUUUUGAGAAAUAUCUCACCCACCCCCUCGCAAGCCAGUACACUGAGAAAAUCAUCGGUCCUAGAGCGCGCCAAAAUGUUUCAGGAUUUAAAUAAUGAGAAUUUCAAAUCGGAACCGUCGCUCAGAUCCCUUAAUAUUUACCUGACCAGUAAGCGACCAGUUUCUAAUUCAAAAUUCAAAAAUUGGGAUCGCGACAGUGUCUCUUCGAGGUGUUCCAGUCCUUAUGGUGUCAGCUGGCCUGGGCGGUCCGUAUUUCAAAAAAUUAGCAAAUUUGAUAGUCUCCUGAGCGUUGAUGAUUACGCGACGGAAUUCGGUUCGGCCACUUCACUGCGUGGACGAAGUCCGGACAUAACUCAGCAUUGCUACAAGGAAAGAAGUUUGAGCGAACCACCAUUAAAAGUGCUACCGGUAACUUCCGAGCAACAAAAUCCUGAGCGUCAUUCGCCACGACCAGCAUCGCCAUCUCCAAUUAGAUCACCAGCCUGCCGCAGGAUCCAAAGCCUAAGACAACAGGACGUUCCGGGUACCACAAUCGUCGUGAGAAAAGCAAGAGCCAGAAGUGCUGGUGAAAUUGAGCAACGUAAGAAAGCAAUUUUCGGGUCAAACUUGUCACUGGCAAAAAGUACAAGUUCACUGAAUUCCUCGCAAAUCGAUAGAGAAGAGUAUCAGCAAUACGUACUAGAGAUGCUGCACUGUAAAAGAAAAUCUAAACGAUAUAAGGAUCUUCAUGAUUUCUAUGCAAGCUUGGAAAGAAUGGGUGAGCUAGAGCGUACAGCAUCCAGUGGUGACUUGAAGCCCAGAUUAAAGAACGAAGAGAUCAUUGACUACGAUCGUUGGAAGGAAGUCAGAUCUAAGGAACGUGCGGAACAAGAAUUGAAGCUAUUGUAUGGUAAAUUGAAAGCAGCCCAAAAGGAAAAGGACUUCCUCUUCAGACCUAAGGACGUCGAUCAGUUCAGAUGGCGAGGUGAUUCCGGAUUGAGGUGUAAGGAAAAGUCCGUGGAAAAUAUACGCGAUCAUUUUCGUAAAUUAGAAAACGAAGAGAGCGAAUUGGAAUCUUUGCGACGUCGUGAAAUCUCGUCGAAGAAAGACGUCUAUAAGCCACUAUGGCGAGGAAACUCGGUGGUGAGUGUAGCGAAUACAAUAUCGAGAAGAGCAACGUCAUCCGAAAUGGAAAAAACCGUACAGCCGCUUCUGCAAAAGAAUCUCGGUGGAAGUAGAAAAUUUUGGAGCAGCCUGUCAGUCGAGCAAGUAAAUGCUUUGAAGAAUCAGCUUAAUGAAAUUUAUAGCAACGACAGUGGAAAAUUGAAGGCCAUGUCAAAAUCUGAUUACGAAAUAGUAGUUCCAUCUCAGGACCAGUUUGGCGAUGGCAUCCAGGAAGAUAAGAAAGGUCUUCAUGUACGAUGUCAUUCCAUGGUGACGCCGGAUAUAUGCAAAAUGGCCGAAGUCGUCGAUAAGAAGUCUCCUUACAGCCACUUGGAUUCCCCGUUGAAGAGAAGCAAUUCGAUAAAUCGCGGAAGAAGCAUUGAGAGAUCACAAUCGGACAGAGAAGUGGUGGCGCCGGCUAUGUCUGAAUUGGAAAAGAAGAGAUUAUCGUUGACCUUGAGUCAAGAGAUCUUAGAUAAGGUAACGCGAAGACGAGCUUCUGCGUCGAUAACGCCACGAGAGACCCGCGGUGCGAUAGCUGCAGCUGCAGCGAAACCAAAGGGUUCGACCUCAAGUGGAACUGACACUUCACCGCGCACCUGUUACUCCCUGGAAAUGUCAGAAGAAGGUACACCAAAGUCCAAAGAUAAAAGUGACUUCUUACUAGUUUUAACGCCAAACGACGAAACGCCGACGAGCAAGCGAAGGGUUGAAAAUGUCCUGGAACAAUGGUCGAAGAAGCCACCAUUAAUGACAAUGGCCGUUUCCGAAGAAAGUUUAGUCAAAAUGUCACGGGCUACGUCCGGUAGUGAGCUGGAUAGCAAUACUGAGAGUUCCGAGACAUCGGUGAGAACUGUUAUACAUCAGGGAAGCGCAGAAGACGUAACGAGAAAGGUCGAAUUCUUUGAGACUAUGGAUUACGAGACGAAAAAGGAUGAUAAAAUGGAUGCGCGGACAGAGAAGCAGCCAAGGAGCAGUCUGUCGUUUUCUCAAAGUUUUGCAGACCUGAAGGAACUCUUUGGCGAGACGGAAUCAGCUAAAUACGCAACGAUACCGUUUCACAGGUCACGACCUCGUUCGACCUCACCGAGACGAAGUCCUCCCGCUUCGCCAGACACUUUCAACACGCGACAAUUCUAUUCACGAUCGCAGGACCGUGAACACUUUGUCGACAGGGCCCGCAGUGUCAGUCCGUGUCGCGGUAUGUCGACGUCAUCCUGCAGCCUCGAGAGUCUAUGGCAGCGAAGUGCAUCUCCAGAUCCAGAAAAGUACUGGCGAGCCUACCUGAAGUUGGCGAAGAGCGGAGCAGUGAGGAGACUACGCGCCAAAUUCGAAAGUCUAGAGGAACUGACUGGUAACCGUGCGAAGAUGGUGCCAACCCCAAAAAGAUUCCAAAGCGAUCCGGAACUGACGCGUAAUUUACUAAGCAAGGGAGCAGACGAUAACAGGGCAAUAAUCAAGCCACAGGAGGUACCAGACGUGAGCUGGCUCAGAAGGAAAUAUGAACCAGUGAGAGGUCGGGCGCGUAAACGUGGUACGUCACCACCAAUUCCACGUAUCCCUUUGCGAAUGGAGGACCUGGGUAUGCCGCGUAUCAACGUGAUAAGUAAAUUAGCCGAGCUAAAAGAACCAUUGCGAAAGACAGCGAGCUCCUCUAAGAAAGCAGAAACGAAGGAGUUGGAAGCUAGCAAGCCGGUCGGUCGUAUUCGUAAGAAAUUCGAGCAUGAUCAGGAGGUGUCGAUUCUAGGUGAGAUGUUCACGUCAACUCCGAACGUGCACGAACUUCGUGAUAUAGCACCGUAUUUGGCCGGUCAGUGGGUUGCACACAAGUAUCCUAGUCGUCAUGAUAACGCGCGGUCCUUAUCCUCACCCGAGCUCGAGACGGAGGGUGGAUCCUCGAGUCGUAUAUCGAGUCAUGGAGACGGUACCUCGGAGAAGAGGCAGAAGGUCGGAAAGCCACGUGCUACCUCCUCGUCACCUAUACGUCCUAGAAGACCACCUUCGAUCUUGAAGCAACCCACGGACGCCUUUGCGAAUCAACCUUUUGACCCGAGCAAGCACAGACCGAGGUAUAGGUACCAACCUCCUCCUCCGACUGUUCAUCGAGAGACCAGGCCCUGGUGGCCACCAAUACCAACCUACACCGCGAGGCCUACGGUCACCUUCGAAGAGUACUCGAACGCACCUCCGCCGCCACCAAAAGCUCCACACUACAAAGGCGACCGUCAAGAAUCGCCAAGACGUUAUGUUGAGGGUGAGGUGACGAUUCACUAUCGCUCGCCAGUGCGCACAGAGGCGAAGGAACCAUUGAGCGAGGAGGAACUUGCACGCAGAAGUGCCGAGAAUAUGCGUCGCGUUUAUCAGGAAGAAAGACGUCGCAAAUAUCUUCAAGAGCUGCACGAUAUCGAUUCACGACGUCAUACGGACAAUUUUAUACCUUCGCAGAAGUCUCCAAUACCGCUGAACAGAUACGAUGAUUUUAUCGAUGACCUCAGUCAUCGUGGGAGAUCUCAUCAGGAUGUUACACCUGAGCCACGUCUGGUUGCAAGGGCUCUUUAUAAUUUUGUAGGACAGUCUUCCAGGGAACUGACUUUCCGACGUGGCGAUAUUAUAUUCGUACGUCGUCAAGUUGAUAAGAAUUGGUACGAGGGAGAGCACAAUGCCAUGGUGGGAUUAUUCCCGUUUAAUUAUGUUGAGAUUCUCCCGUAUGAUGGAAUAAGGACAACACCAAAGAAGCCACACGAGGGACAGGCGCGCGCAAAAUUCAAUUUCGUCGCUCAGACAAAUCUGGAAUUAUCGUUAACCAAAGGUGAAAUGGUUAUUCUGACACGACGGGUAGAUGAAAAUUGGUACGAAGGACGGAUUGGUAAUAGGAAAGGAAUAUUCCCAAUUUCCUACGUUGAAGUGAUCGUAGAGCCAGGUCACAGGCCAGAAACUCCCGUUCAGAGUAAACCCGUUGCUUCACCCGCAGCACACAGUCUGCUCUCUAAUGGAUCGGCUGGUGGAAAAAUGAGCAUGGGAGCUCAUCAUUACACCCCAUCGAUCCCCGUCAACCCCACCACAACCCAGCCCCAUUACAAUUCACUGCCACGUAUGGGAGGGAACAAAUUACACGUAGCUCCUGUCAACGAGACAUUACACAUCGAUACCCACUCAGAGCCUCAACCGUAUCGUGCUCUCUACAAUUACAGACCGCAGAAUGAAGAUGAACUGGAAUUGAAAGAAGGCGAUACGGUGUAUGUGAUGGAAAAAUGUGACGACGGUUGGUACGUCGGCUCGAGCCAACGAACCGGUUACUUCGGUACCUUCCCUGGAAAUUACGUGGAAAGAUUGUGAGAGAACACAAGGCGCGAUCUCGUACGAACGAGGAGAUCAUAGGUAGACCGAACAUCACUUCCGUUGCAUUGGAAAAAAAAAGGUAGACCGGAAGUCAAGUGAAUGCUAAUGAAAUUGCAUCGUAGCGAUCGAAUUAUUGCUUGAGGGAUGAAAUUGCUAUACUUCCUUGAAAUUGUGACAUUAGAUUAGAUACGAUACCGAAAUAAAUAUUGAUAAGAGGUUUUAAACAUUUACAUAAUACGUAUCUCUGUCGACUAACGAAAUGUUACGACGAGCAAAGUGUCGAAAGCGAUUAUGGGUCUUCCUCCGAAUACGGUAUCACAUUUGAUUUUAAUUGAUAACAAUCACGCAUGCACUCGGAUACUCGAUAGCCUCGAGAGAAUAAUAUUUAACGACGAUCUUGUAUAACAUUGCAUCUACCAAAAAUAAUGUAUAAGUUCACCUAGGCUAAUGUGUAAGUAGUGUAUAAUAACAUUUAGUAAUUUAUUGAUAUGAAGUUGUCAUGCUACGAAUGUAACGACGAUCAAUGUUACGAUGACGUUCGCACACGUCAUCGCUGUAUAUCCUAUGCGCACGAUGCCCCAUUGCGUGGCUCAACAAUACAUUUUUCUUACAAAUAUAUCUACGUAGGAAUGGCCUCUUGUAAAACGCGCGACUAUAAAUGCAUACAGUUAUUUGUAAAGUCGAAACAAUUUUAAUAACGAGUGUAAAAUCGAACUUCGUUAUUUUUAAAUCAAUAAGGGAUAAGAAUGACUACUGUAUUUGAUAGGGAGCUCUUUACAUGUACGCGAUACUUCGAAUACUUAGAGUAGCCAUCCUUAAUCCUUUCGAUACAAGUGAUUUCAGAGAGAAACCAUUAAUUUCUCAACUGCGCUAAAAUAAAACUUCAUUUUCUUUAUGAUUAAGCUUGAGUCUGAAAGGGCUAAGGAACUUUGGCCUGUAAACGAACACCUCACUCACCUCGGAGUUUGCAUUGAGUAAAAAUGUUUGUUGAAAAAUAAAACCGUAAUAUGAAUACAUGAAUUCUUAUAGGUUGUCGCGAAUGCGUUCCCCGUUAUAUCAACCCGCGACAACGUUCUAAUAAAACAAAAUACGUAGGGUCGACAUUUGUGAGAUUGUUAACUAUUUGAUUUCUUGAACCGACCACUCUUAUCAGCAUCUAGAGACGUGUAUUCUGCUUGAGUUGAAUUUACAUUAGAAUUAACCCAAUGAUUUAGAAGGUGGAUUUCAUUUCGUCGCCAACAAGGUGACGAAGCAAAUCUCUCAUUAUGAUUGAAAGUUUGCCUUCCCAAAUUCAUAUUCAUAUUUUUGUAUACAUUAUUUAUACUUAGAAUUAUAUAUAGUAUAUAUAUAGUAUAUGCAUAAAAUAUGAAAAAUAUCACCUAAACAAUUAGUGAUAUAUAUAUAUAUAUAUAUAAAUCAUAGGUAUAUACACAUAAUUACACGCGACAUUUUAUUGCAUGUUCAUGCACCAAACAUCAAAUACAUACAACAUGACUCCGUUGCUAUGACCAUCGCUAUGAAAUUUCUUGUUGUGCGAUAAGUUCUAUGCGUGUGUAAUAAAACCUACAUACGUACAUUGCGCGUCGUCACGGACGUAGUUCAAAAAACAGACAAUAUUAAAAUUAUUGAUACGAAUAGAGAAUAUGUACAAGGGCAUUACUCUGUUCAGUAUACAGAUAUACCGGGUGUCGUCGACGCGGAGUCUUGUGUAACAUUCAAAUUGGACGCUUCUAGUCAGUCAAACGUCACAUACUGACUUUACCGAAGAUAUACUGGCUCUUACAGGAUAUAUUAAAUAUUCGACAUAUCGCAUGGAUAUCAUAGAAAAUGAAUGAAGAAUAUACAAAUAUUAAUUAUUAAAAUCACGCGUGUGACCAGAUAUAGAUGUACGAUCAACCAAAAAUAUCUUAUUUUAAUUGAACCUUAAAGGAUACAAUGUAAACUUUAAGAAAACUCUCAUAUGGUACAUUUUUAAUUGACUGCUAAAUGCGCGAGUUUAAGAUCUAAGCGUUCAUCACUUAUACACAGUGAUUUUUUUCUUAUUGUUACGAAUUUUUUAAACAUUGAAUACUCGCGCUUGACGCAGAUUUUUAUUUCUACCAUAUUUAGGAGUCUUGCAUCUACUCCAAUAACAUCUUUCCUGAAUAAACUUUGAUAGCGUCAUGUUUUCUGUUUUGAGCGCCACAUCUCUUGUACUUCGUUUAUUUUCCGAGAGAGGCUUCGUAGUGUCUAUAAUGCUGCAACGAUGUAUCGUAUCGUUUUAUUUGAAAUUAUUGUAUUUUCAUUAAUUAGCACUAACGAUGUCACUAUUCAUUGUACACUUCGGCUACCAAUAAACCCUAGUGUAUUACUAA